GUUUCUGGGGGAGUCAUGAUGUGGAUACGCAGCUCGUCAACCCGGACCGAAUGUGAGCUUUUCUCAGCUGCUCAUCCCGAAUCGCGACCAGAACUCUGACUACCCGAACCGAACUCUAACAGGCGCGGCCCGUCAGAGCAGAGCGGGGCUGCGCGGGGCAGAACCGAGCUCGGUAUGUGUGCGGCGCAGGACUUGGACCUGUAUGAAGUUCUGGGUGCCAGCCCGUCAGACUCGGUCCAGCAGCUCCGACACCGGUACCAGCAGCUGGCCCUGCAGUACCACCCAGACCGGCUGGGAGGCGGUUCCUCAGAAACGGAGUCUGCUGUCAGGAAGUUUCUAGAAGUUGAUGCAGCUUGGAAGAUCCUCGGUGACCAGAACUCCAGGAGACUGUACGACCUGCAGAGGAGAGCUCAGGAACUGAAGCAGGACCGUCCUGUCGACUCCACGGUGUCUCUGGAGGACAUGACCUGGGAUGGAGGGGAGGGCGUGUUCUCACACACUUGUCGCUGUGGAGGACAGUUCAGCAUCUCAGAGGAGGAAGUGGAUGAGGAGGUACAGCGGACCAGGCAGGAUGAGGAGGAGGAGCGAGGCGUGUUGGUCUGCUGCGACACGUGUUCCUUGAGCGUGUUGGUCUCGUGGUCGUCGGGCUGGACAGCUCAGGUGCUGAAGUGACAAAAGCCUUGCCAGUCUGGACUCGUCCUUGCGGGAUGAAGGUACAGAUCACAAGAACUGCUCAGGUUUUCCAGCAGCAACCUGACCAGAGCAACAUCUCUGACGGACGUGGAUGUAAACUCUUCUCGGAGCAGUGGUUCACACCAGGAAGUCUUCGUCUAAAGAUGCAUACAUGACAUUUAUGUCAUAGUUUAUCCUUCUGGAUCUGUAUUUUGCCUUAACUUUUCAUCAAUAAAUAUAAAAAAAGUCUUCACCAGAGUUUGGAUUCAUCUGGCUUUCAGACUUGGAAAGGACCAGAUACAGUGGGGGAAAAAGUAUUUAGUCAGACACCAGUUGUGCAAGUUCUCCAACGUAAGAUAAGAGAGGCCUGUAAUUUUCAUCCCAGGUAUAUCUCAACUAUGAGAGACAAAAUUAAUAAAAACAAAUCCAGAAAAUCACAUUGUCUGAUUUUUAAAGAAUGUAUUUGCAAACUAUAGUGGAAAAUAUUUGUAUCUCAAUACUUUUAUAUAUCCUUUGUUGGUCAAACGUUUUCUGUAAGUCUUCACAAGGUUGUCACACACUGUUGCUGGUAUUUUGGCCCGUUCCUCCGUCCAGAUCUUCUCUAGAGCAGUGUUGUUUUGGGGCUGUUGCUGGGCAACACAGACUUUCAACUCAGUUCAA